AUGCGUCUCAAGGGCCUCAAACUUGCACUGCAAGAGGUUGCCGCCGCCAAUAACGAUGAAGAAGCAUUGGCCGUCGAUCUCAUACCACGUAGGCUCAGCCCGCCCACCCCUGUCCGACCCACGACGUUUCGCUGGCUGAUGAAAGUUCGAAGGGGCUUUCUGGCUAACCUGACAGAUAUGCUCGUCAACGGUCAGACAUCGGCUGCUAGCUUCAUCAGCUCAGCCUGGGCACAUCCACAGCUCCAGAAAGAGGCUCAACUUGGCAGGGUAUACUCGACUCGCUCCCGAGCUCGGCAUAUCGCGGAAGUCGUUGGCGGACCCUACUGCGAUGAGACUUGGCUGGGUACCUGA